CUUAUCUAACUUUAUAACCGCUUGGCUGGCCGCUCACCGGGUGUAUUAGUUGUGUGUGUGCGUGUAGGGUUUAAAUAAUGCAUGGCAGAUGGUGAGCUUGAGAUAUAGUUUACAUAAAGAAAGAAGAUUAUUAAAAAAAAAUAAAUAGUGCCUGCAUUUUUCCCCCUUUCCCAUCCAGUCCUUUAUUAUAGAGGACGCCAUAUAUAUAUGCACGUUACAUUAUUUCACUACUGCAGUGUUUAAAGACAGUCGUAAUUACUAACAGCAUGUCCCGUCUUUAGUGGGAUAAUUAUUAAAGUCAGUGCACUGAGCAGUCCAGCCGCUCAACAGCUGCAACAAGGAGGAGGCUGACUGAGUGGAGGAGAAAGGAAACAAACAUGGCGGCCGGCUAUGCAUGGUUCCUGGUGCUUGGCUCGGUUUUUCUCUGCAAUCUUAUGAAAAUCCUUCUACCGACCAUAUCUUCCUUCCUCUCAAAGAUGGUGCAGAAAGAUGCUGAGCAGGAGAGUGAGAUGAGGGCUGAAAUCCAAGAGAUGAAGAAGGAGCAGUCCUCCAUUAGCAUGAUGGAUGAGUUUGCUAGAUAUGCCAGACUGGAGCGCAAAAUCAACAAGACAACAGACAAGCUGAAAACACAUGUCAAAUCAAGAACCGCUCAACAAGCCAAAAUGAAGUGGGUUGUGAGCAUUGUUUUUUACAUACUGCAGGCUGCGCUGAUGAUUUCAUUGAUAUGGAAGUAUUACUCUGAUCCAGUGACUGUGGUACCAAGUAGAUGGAUUGCUCCUGUGGAGCGCCUCGUGGCUUUCCCAACAGGAGUGGCAGGUGGAGUAGGAAUCACAUGCUGGUUGGUGGUUUGCAACAAAGUAGUUACUCUGGCUCUGAAUGCUGUGAGCUAAAGUGUUUCCUAAUCCUCUGCUCAACAGUUUCCUUUGAUGACGAACGCUGCAGUUUUUGUUUUGUCAUUUUCAGUCAGCUGAUCCUAGUAAACAACGUUAAAAAAAUGCAGUGCAUUUUGGUGAUCUCGAAUUGCAGCAGUAGUUUACUAUAUAAGUGUUAUCAUUGUUAUCAUUGUUUUUAUUUAAGUAUAAUUAUGUGGCUGUUUUGAUUGUGCGUUUAUUACUUUGAAACAGUGGUUUGGAAAUGUGGAAAUUCAUUUUUAUUAAAAAGAAAAAAAAAUAA